AUGUGGCAGCAAAGCACCAUCAACAUCAGCACCAUCAAAACCAGCACCAUCAACAUCAGCACCAUCAACAUCAGCACCAUCAACACAAGCACCAUCAACACCCGCAACAUCGAUCCCAGCACUAUCAACCCCGGCAACAUCAACAGCAGCACCGUCAACACCAGCACCAUCAACAUCAGCACCAUUAACACCAGCAACAUCAACAGUAGCAACAUCAACAACAGCACUUUCAACCCCAGCACCAUCAACAUCAGCACCAUCAACACCAGCAACAUCAACAUCAGCACCAUCAACACCAAAACAAUCAACACCAGCACCAUCAACCCCAAAACCAUCAUCAGCAGCACAGUCAACCGCAGAACAAUCAACGGCAGCACCAUCAACAUCAGCACCAUCAACACAAGCACAAUCAACAGCCGCAACAUCGACCCCAGCACUAUCAACCCUGUCAUCAUCAACAUCAACAGCAGCAACAUCAACAGCAGCACUAUCAACCCCGUCACCAUCAACACAAGCACCAUCAACAGCCGCAACAUCGACCCCAGCACUAUCAACCUUGGCACCAUCAACAUCAGCGCCAUCAACAUCAACACCAUCAACAGCAGCACUAUCAACCCCGUCACCAUCAACACAAGCAGCAUCAACAGUAGCACCAUCAACAUCAGCACAAUCAACACCAGCACCAUCAACAUCAGUACCAUCAACACACCAGAACAAUCAACACCAGCAGCUACCAUCAACACCAGUACCAUCAACAUCAGCACCAUCAACACAAGCACCAUCAACAGCCACAACAUCGACCCCAGCACUAUCAACCUUGGCACCAUCAACAUCAGCACCAUCAACAUCAACACCAUCAACAGCAGCAGCACCAUCAACACCAGCAACAUCAACAGCAGCACUAUUAACCCCGUCACCAUCAACAUCAGCACAAUCAACACCAGAACAAUCAACACCAUCAACCAUAAAACCAUCCACACCAGCACUAUCAACAUCAGCACCAUCAACAGCAGCACCAUCGACAAACAAUCAUCGCCAGCACUAUCAACCCCCGUCACCAUCAACAUCAGCACCAUCAACACCAGGACCAUCAACACCAACACCAUCAACAUCAGCACAAUCAACACCAGUACCAUCAACAUCAGCAACAUCACCAUCAGCACCAUCAACACAAGCACCAUCAACCACCGCAACAUCGACCCCAGCAAUAUCAACAGCAGCACUAUCAACCCCGUCACCAUCAACAUCAACACAAUCAACACCAGCACCAUCAACACAAGCACCAUCAACAUCAGAACAAUCAACACCAUCAACCAUAAGACCAUCCACACCAGCACUAUCAACAUCAGCACCAUCAACAGCAGCACCAUCGACAGCAAAACAAUCAACAACAGCACCAUCAACCCCAACACCAUCAUCAGAACCACCAUCAACAAUACACUAUCAACCCCGGCACCAUCAACAUCAGCACCAUCAACACAAGCACCAUCAACUGCCGCAACAUCGACCACAGCACUAUCAACCUCGGCACCAUCAACUUCAGCACCAUCAACAUCAACACCAUCAACAGCAGCACUAUCAACCCCCACCAUCAACACAAGCACCAUCAACAGCCGCAACAUCGACCCCAGAACUAUCAACCCCGUCUCCAUCAACAUCAGCACCAUUCACACCAGGACCAUCAACACCAACACCAUCAACAUCAGCACAAUCAACAGCAGCACCAUCAACACAUCAACUGAAACACCAUUAACAUCAGCACAAUCAACACCAGUACCAUCAACAUCAGCACCAUCAACCACCAUCAACAUCAGCACAAUCAACACUAGCACCAUCAACAUCAGCACCAUCAACAUCAGCACCAUCAACAGCCGCAACAUCAACACCAGCACCAUCAACAUCAGCACCAUCAACACCAAAACAAUCAACACCAUCAACAGCCGCAACAUCAACCCCAGCACUAUCAACCCCGGCACCAUCAACAUCAACACCAUCAACAUCAGCACCAUCAACCAUAAUACCAUCCACAGCAGCACCAUCAACACCAGUACCAUCAACCCCAGAAAUUUCAACUUCCACACCAGCACUAUCAACAUCAGCACCAUCAACAGCAGCACCAUCGACAGCAAAACAAUCAACAACAGCACCAUCAACCCCAACACCAUCAUCAGAACCACCAUCAACAAUACACUAUCAACCCCGGCACCAUCAACAUCAGCACCAUCAACACAAGCACCAUCAACUGCCGCAACAUCGACCACAGCACUAUCAACCUCGGCACCAUCAACUUCAGCACCAUCAACAUCAACACCAUCAACAGCAGCACUAUCAACCCCCACCAUCAACACAAGCACCAUCAACAGCCGCAACAUCGACCCCAGAACUAUCAACCCCGUCUCCAUCAACAUCAGCACCAUUCACACCAGGACCAUCAACACCAACACCAUCAACAUCAGCACAAUCAACAGCAGCACCAUCAACAGCAAAACAAUCAACACCAGCACCAUCAACACCAACAGCAUCAACUGA